AUGAGCUAUAAGAUCUUGCUGUGCCUCUCAUUGGCUCUCUACAUCCAGGGUGGAGCCUUGCAACCUGUGCCUAUCCAGCCACCUCAGGCCUCAUAUGCCGAGGGCUCUACUGCUGUCCUGCAAUGCCCUCUGCAAAGUGGCAAGAUCCAAGACUACCAUGUUUUCUGGUUCCAGCAAAAGCCAAGCAAAAGCCCAGCCUUCAUCCUAAAGCAUAGCAACACUGGGCAGAUAGCCAGGUCCUCUUCAUUUGAUGCACGUUUUGUGCCCAUCCGGGAUGCCAAAACCAAUGCCUACAUCUUGCAGAUCCAGAAGGUGCAAACAGAUGAAAGUGCCACCUACUUCUGUCUAGCAGAGGGAAAUUAUUUCCUGAUAGCCAUUUCAGGGAGUGGAACCCGGCUCAGCAUCACAGGAGGACCAUCAGCAAAAGUACCAUCAUCAGUCAUCAUAUUGUCUGAUGUUUCCCAGAAACCAGGAUCUUCUGAUGUCCAUGCCUUAUGCAUCGUUGAAGGCUUCUACCCAGGCUUACUAGAGAUCAAGUGGAGUGCAGCUGGGAAGGAUAUAACUGAAGGAGUGACCUCUGGAGAAGUGACCUCAAAUGAGAAUGGCACUUACACCACCUCCAGCAUCCUGAAUGUAUCGCGCCAUUUCUUUAACUCUGUCACCCCUAUUCAGUGCUCUGUGAGUCAUGAAUCUUCUGGGGCCAAGAUUGAACGCAGCCUGGAAUGGUGCAUGCAGAAAUGA